AUGCUUGAGUUCAAGUCGUAUGACGAGAUCGACGUAGGCGAGAGUCCCAUCGUCGUUUUAGGAUGCGGCCAUUUCUUCACUGGCGAGACUCUUGAUGGAUUAGUUGGUAUGACCGAAGUCUACACCACAGACAAUGAAGGAGAGUUUAACGGCCUCGCGGAUGGACUGGCUAUGGUUGACAAGGUUCCAUUCUGUCCAGACUGCAAGCGUCCAAUUCGCCAGUUUGCCACGAGACGGUACAAUCGUGUCAUCAAUCGGGCCGUCUUGGACGAGACAUCGAAACGAUUCAUCACCAAGGGGCGCGAAGACCUCGAAGACCUCGAAAAGCGCCUAGCAGCGGUCGAAAAUACACUUGAUUCAACGCGGUUGAACUUGAACAGUAUCGCCGAGCCCGAGGCUAUUGACACCAUUCCCCAAAGAAGAUACUCCGACGCCUUCAUCCUCAGCAAAACUGCGAAGGCCCUUCAGCAUAGUAUGGAUGUGGCCCAUCAGCCUAUGAAGAAGCUCCUCGACGUCAUCCUCACACGACAACGUUCAGUCCACCCUGGUCCAUUAACUUCGCAGCUGAACAAACUGAGCCUCGCGCCUGGUCUUCCGGCUUUCGACAAGCGCAUCACGCUAGGCGCAUGGCUCGUGCAAAUCAAGGUACAGGAGAUCGCACUUCGUGACAUGUUCAGUGUCACAAGGGAUUCGGCCUUGAUCCCGACCCCCUGGGGAUCGCCCCAUCAACAUACCGUCUUGUUUCUGCGUGACUGCGAAGCACUUAUCGCACAGGCCCGUGAGGCUUUCCUGUCUCGGAUCGCAAUUGCUGCCAUUCUUUCUUUCGCCAAAGUCUCACAGCAACUAUCACCAAUACCUAGUUUUUCACUCCAACUUCUAUUCGUGCUGACAUUACCCAAUUAUAGGUUAGAAGCAUGGUAUUGCCAUACGCACCCCGGCAUCACGACGGAUACGGCUACCGAUCGACCUGACCGGGCGCUCUUCGUCCGCGAGCUGCUGACAACUGCCCUAGAGAUGUGCGACAAGUUACCCGUCGAGCAGACACUGGCACUACGGAAAUCCGUCGAGGCUAUCAUGCGACUCUACGAGGGUCCACGAUAUGAGAUCGUCACGCCUGAGGAGCUGGCCGCUAUCAAGACUGCUAUGUUUGCUAUCGGUGAGUGUGGUAUGCCCAUGGAGGUGGCACCGUGUCCGGAGUGCGGAGCCCCUGUUGGAGGCCGGUCGCAUCAACUUGUGGAGGGGGCGUCCCGAGCUACGAACAUGGAGUGA